CCCGGAUGCAUUUCGCUGUAGGAUAAAGAUUAACGUUUCAUGCACGCGGGAUUCUUCUACUCCCCCUUCAUCAUCCAGCACAGUAAAAUGUGAGAAGCUCUGUAUCUGGCAGCUGGAGCAGAUGUGGACGUUCGGCUGCUUCCCGAAGGUUCCUUCCUAUCUGCUGCGACGGGCCGUGCUCGGCUCCAGGGCGCUGCCGCCCCGGCGUCGCUCCUCGCUCCUGGUGAGACCGAGCCCGUCAUGUUCGCACCCCGUUCGGGCUGCACCCCUGGGCCUCCCCCAGCCCUGCUCCGUGGGUUUCCGGCUCCACUGCAGGACUUUGAGAAAGAACGCCAAGUUCACGGUGGACGUCCCCGAAACCCCUGUCACCACGGCGGACAUCAAGCAGUACCUUCGCUCGAAGGAGAUUCCCUUUCGCGACGGCUACAGCUGCCUGCAGGCCCCAACGUUUUUCCGGGAGGAUCGGUCACCCGGGUUGGUUGUGGGACCGGAGCGCGACUCCUUUGCUCUGUUCAUUGACAAAACGACAGGGCGGUUCCUCUGCGUAGAGACGCUGGUGGAGGGCAGCUGGGAGGACCUACAGGAUUGUUUGGAGGUCAUGCAGAAGGAGGGCUGCAACUUCAUCAGGCCGGAUGUGCUCCUGGGGUACCCGGAGAGCCAGGAGCAGCGGGAAGAAAGGGAGUCCCAGCUCCUCGAGGCCCAGAGGAUCUACUCCAGCUCUCUGGCCCUCAGCGAACUUCCUGAGGAGGAUGCCCAGCUGGCAAAGACUAUGUUUGGCAUCAGUCGCAUCUCCAACGCCACCUUGAACAGGUUCGGUGUCCGGUUCUUUAAGCCCACCAAGAGCCUGGUCUUCCCCUGGUUCCGCACACGGGACGUCAGCCUGCAGGGCAUCAAGCUCCUGUCUGCCAGGACCGAUGAGGAUAGCGUCAUCUACACUGACGUCACCAUUCCCAGACCGGCUGCCUACCAGAAUCUGUUUGGCCUGCCGCUUAUUGGACACAAAGACGCCGAAGUGGUGCUCACGGGCCGCGAGGUGGACACCCUGGCCGUCAGUCAGGUCACGGGGCUUCCGAGUCUGGCGCUGCCCCGGGGAGUAGCCAGCUUGCCCCCUGCCCUACUACCCUACCUGGAGCAGUUCCGGCGAGUGACGUUGUGGCUGGGUGGAGACCUGCGUGCCUGGGAAGCCUCUAAGAUCUUCUCCCGCAAGCUGGGCCUUCGGCGGUGCUCCCUGGUGCGGCCCGGGGAGCACCAGCCCUGCCCCAACGAGGCUCUGGCCAGAGGGAAGAACCUGGCGCGCAUCCUGAAGGCGGCCAUCCCUGCCGCCCACAAGUCCAUCGUCUCCUUCCGGCAGCUCCGAGAGGACGUUUACGGGGAGCUGGCCAACACAGAGCAGGUGGCCGGCGUGAAGUGGACUCGCUUCCCCGAGCUCAACAAGUUACUGAAGGGCCAUCGGAAGGGGGAGCUCACUGUCUUUACAGGCCCCACGGGCAGCGGUAAGACCACCUUCAUCAGCGAGUUUGCCCUGGACCUGUGCAUGCAGGGUGUCAACACCCUGUGGGGAAGUUUCGAGAUCAACAACGUGCGGCUUGCCAAGAUCAUGCUCAAGCAGUUCUCCAUGCAGCGCCUGGAGGAGAGCCUGCAGGAGUACGAUAUUUGGGCAGACAAGUUCGAGGACCUACCGCUUUACUUCAUGACGUUCCACGGACAGCAGAACAUAAAAACGGUUCUGGAAACCAUGCACCACGCAGUGUACCUCUAUGACAUCAGCCAUGUAGUCAUCGAUAACCUUCAGUUCAUGAUGGGCCAGGAGAACAUCUCCAUAGAUAAGUUCGCAAUCCAGGACCACAUCAUUGGUGCCUUCAGGACUUUUGCCACCAACAACAGCUGUCACGUGACCCUGAUCAUCCACCCCAGGAAGGAAGAAGAUGACAAGGACCUUCAGACAGCAUCCAUCUUUGGCUCUGCUAAGGCCAGCCAGGAGGCGGACAAUGUGCUGAUCCUGCAGGAGAAGAAGCUGGUGACCAGCCCUGGACGGAGGUCUUUGCAGGUUGCCAAGAACCGCUUUGAUGGUGACGUAGGUAUCUUCCCCUUGGAGUUCAACAAGGCCUCCCUGACCUUCUCUACCCCUCUCAGGGGUAAGAACAAGCUCCGCAAGCUCAAGGGGGAUAAACCGGACUCUGCAGAGGAUGUGCUGUCCCCAGUGAAGUCUGGGAAGGUGGAGAAAGCGGAGAAACCAGCUAAGGCCUCAAAGCCUCCGAGAUCCGAGAAGGGAUCAACAGGGGGGAAGAAUCGAGAGAACACAAAGGGUGAGGGUGGAUCUGAAAGAUAGUGAAAGAACGGGUUGAGUUUUUGAGGAUUGCCCAUAUGAGCAAUAUGAUUAUAGUCAAAACUGAUCAAAAUAGUUCUCCUUUUUUAAUGGUCGGUCUGUGUGUCUCACAAUGAGUGGGUCCUGGUGACUCAUCCCUGCCUUACAUGUGCACACAGCCUGAUGAGUUAGACAACAAGGUGGACUUUUUUUUUUUUUUUUUUUUUCCCUUGUCUCAACUGUGUUUGUCAAAAAUCAAGGCAAAGAGGUAUAUGGAUUUAGUCAAGCUCAGGUGGAUAAUAUCUGGGAUGAAAGAUCCAGUCAAAAGGCACAUAAUGCUUUGGAAUGUUGUGCCGUUCUGUUACUGUAUUGCUGUUAAUGAGCUGUUAUAAAACUUUAAUGUGAAGAAUCUUUUAAUAGUGUUUGUAAACCCUUACAGUGAAAUAUCUUUCCACUGACCUUUUUGUAAAGUGACUAUGGAGAUGUUAAUCUGAUUUUAUAAUAACAAUAAUAAUUUUUAAAAAAUUCUUUCAAUUGUGUGAGGUACCUCAUUCUGGAUGUCCACUAGAGGUCCCUAGAGGUUCAAAGCUGCAUGGAAGCUAAUGAGUGGAGCAUGGUUCAUCUUGUUUUUAAGAGGAUUUUUUUUUAAGGACGAGAACAUCAUUGGGUAAAGGGAACAUGGAAGUUACCCACUGCCUCGUCGACGUGCCCCUGAAAGUCAUCAUACAG